UUAGGGAAUGCCACUUUAAACCCAGGACGUUUUGGUGAGCUGAAGUCGUCUCGCGCUGAACGCCGCGUUCGACUUUGCUCUCUUGUGAGCCGGUGUCCUGGCAACGGAAAACCUUCAGACGGCAGAACCACCUGCGCGUGAUGAGCUGACCCAAAACCAAAGGAGGUUUACUUCAUUUUGGCUGUUUUUCUUCGGACUUAUAACCCAAACGUCCUCAAGUAAACGAAGGGAUGAGCCCCAAGAAGAACAACAGUGCCAGUGGUGUGAUCACCUUCCACACACCAUUUCAUGUCAGCCUGUUAAAAUCAGAGGAGUGCAUGGCUGUUGGGAAGGACGCUACAGACCGCAGAAAGAGCCCGUCUCACCCGAGCGAGAGGACGAGGAGCAUCAGUAAAUGUGUAAGAGCAGAGAAAAAGGAUGAGUCCUCACCCUCUGGGCCACAGUCGGGAGCCACACAGUACUGGCUCUCUCACACCUCCAUCAGGCGACUGCAGGCAAAGAUGGAGGAUGAUAAUCAACAGGUGAAAGCAACAAUUCAAGCAAUACUGGAUACAGAAAAUGGCUUUAUGAAGUUGGAAAGGUUUCUGGGUCAACGGGACGUAACAGAGCUGAGGAGGAGGGAGCUGCUGCACAAGCGCUGGACUGAGCGUGUGUGGUUUCCCCUCCAGAGGAGAGUGAAGAAACAUGUGUCCAGCUGCAGCCCUGUGGCGGUCAAGAGGCGCCUGAGUUUAUACAGUCACUACCUCCAUCAAUGCAACAGCAAGGGCGUCGUGCUUCUAGAAAGCUAUGAUCUAAGGGAAUACAAUCCGUUUCUUCUCCACAUUAAAAAGCCACACUAUGUGAAGCUCAGUACAGCUGACUUAAAGGACCCAUUGUACCUUCAGUUACAUGAAAGACUGAAGGAGAAGAGAACAGCCCGCUCUUGUGAAGAAGGAUGUAAAAGACAAGAAGAGAAGCUGCCUCAGAGUGAUCGUCCUCUAAGUGAGUCUGUGACGUCUCAGGCCGACAUGCUGCUACACGCCUCAUCUAAUCAUCCGGUCACUGCAUCCAGAAAAACUCCAGUGGUGGAUGAGACUGAAGGAAGGAAGUCCAGCAGAAUCAACACCAUACCAUGCCGCCGCCUCUUUGCAACUGCCACACCAGAUGGAAGGUGCCAUCAGACCAGCUGCUGGUUCUCCAGAUGUCGGCAACAAGCAGCAAGUGUACAACAACUUCAGUCCUCGCCUACAUCCAAAUAAAAUCCACAUUAACCGUAAAUCGUCACUUCUAUUCCCUUCUAACUACCUUACAGUUUUCCCAGGGACACAACAAAGAAAAAACUUUUACUAUAUGUACAUUUUAUUCAUGCCAUUUUCAGGAUUUUUUGGCACACUUAGGGUUAACCUUUGACAUUACAUUGUACAGUAGUGUGCAACAUUGGCCGUGUGCCGGCGUAUGUAUAACAGGGUGUAUGGCUUCAUAUUAACAAAUUCAGACAUGUUGUAAGAGACAAGAGUAAAAUAGUGUAAAUAUGAGUAUUCCAAAAAUCUAACUGUGCCCAUUAUGUUCACAUUUUAGCUGGGUUGUUGGCAACAAGAACACCUUUAUCCACAAUA